AUGUCGCAAACACAUUAUCCUCCGCCGCCAAUGUCGGCGCCGGCACACGUUACAUCAUUUCCUCCUCCUCCACAGCCAUCUCCUGGAUUUGCGCCUCCAAAUUUCAGCUAUCCACCACCACCUAGGCAAUCGCCCCCAGGAAACGGAGCUUAUCCAGGGCCUCCCCUCUCUGUCAGCCCACCCGCGCCUAGCGUUAGUCCUCCAGUAGGAAAUCCCCUAGUCAAUGAGCAGCAACAGUAUGCGCAGCAGAAUUCGGCGGCAUAUCAACAAAAUGUUGCAAUCAUGAGACCACCCUCAUCACCACCACAGUCGGCUCCCAUCGUCCAACCACAAAUUCCUGGAGCGGCGCCACCUGGACAAUUCGUUGGAGCUUCUGCUACUAAUGAAGAUAUGGUUGGAACAUUCAAUGGUGGUAGCUAUCGCAUCAGCCAUCGCGACUCGAACUCGCUUUUGACCUUGCAACUGGCAAUGGGAUGUCCCCUGACUGCUAAGCCCGGCGUGAUGAUUGCAAUGUCUACGACCAUAACCCUCCGAGGUACCGUCAGCUUCGGUUGGAAGAAGCUCAUCGCAGGCGGCGAGAUGUCAAUGUCUAACUAUACCGGACCCGGCGAACUCCUGUUGGCUCCUUCAGUCCUGGGCGAUAUCAUUGUGCUGCGUAUGAGUGGUGAGCAGGAGUGGAAAAUAGGCAGGGAUGCGUUUUUGGCUUCCACCGCAGGUGUGAAGCACAAAUACCAAGCCCAGAGUCUUGCCAAGGGUGUUUUCUCGGGCGAGGGUCUAUUCAUUUACAAGAUCACGGGAACUGGAUUACUCUGGAUGCAGAGCUUCGGCGCGAUUAUCAAGAAGGAUCUCAAAGAUGGUGAGACAUACUUUAUUGACAACGGCCAUCUUGUUGCUUGGAAUUGCAAGUACAAGAUUGAGCGCGUUGCCUCCGGUGGUAUCAUCUCUGGACUCGGCUCUGGUGAAGGUCUGGCUUGCAAGUUUGAGGGACCUGGCACGGUAUAUCUGCAAACGCGAAACUUGAAUGCGUUUGCUGGCCAGAUGAAGAUGAGUACGGCGAGUGGUUAG